GAUCAAUCCCUGUCAGAAUGUCUCCCUAAUUUCAUAGCAGCACAUGUACAAACAUUUCAAUCCAAAAUAUACCACCGCAGCUUGACAAGUGCCUCUAUAUGACAGCAGACUCCUAAUCAGGACCACCAUUCUCCCCUUUCACAUACACACAUUAAACUCUACCACUGGGAAGUGACCACAUCAGUGCAGCCAGAUCUCUAAUAGAGCACACACACACACAAACACACUCUCACACACUCUCUCGCUUGGCAGCAGAAGUUCCAAAUCAUCCAGGGAGGAAGAGAGAGCAAACUUACAGCACCAAAUGCAUCUAAUAAGUUGUCAGCAAAGGUGAGGCACAGCCCCCAACUUCACACCAAGGCCUCUGCUUCCUGUGGCUAGGAAGCACUCAGUGGGCUGCCUACUGCCGCAUUCAUUACCAGUCCAGUGUUGCCAGAGUCGGCAGGAAAAAGGGGAUUUGUUUGCCAGUGAGUAGGGAUAACUCGGACCACUCACUGCCUUCACAGACAAAGGACUCUAAGGGUUUGCUUGAAGGGCUCCCUAGCCAAGGAAAAAAAUAUCCACAAGGACCAAUUUACAGAACUAUCACUUCACAGAAGACUGCAUUGAUUUUAGGAGGUGGUGGUCUAGCAGAAGGAAAGGAAGUUUAUAGAUUACCAAUUUUCUGUGUGAUCAAUAUGUGAAUGGGGUUGCUUAUUUUAUACCAGAUUUUGAAACAGAUUGGAAAUUAGCAUCACAUUUGGUUGUUGGUGACGGCCGCUAAUCAGCAGUGUGACUGUGAAUAAUCUGUGAGAUUGACAGGGUGGUGGCAGUUGUACAGCUUCAAAGUCUUCAGAGUACACAGUCAAGCACAUCACCAAGGUCUUACAAAUUGGAGCAGCUCACUUUUUCAUUAACUUCACGGAAAACUGAGGGAAUUCAAACAAGGCACAGUUUAAACCUUUUUCUUAUAAGCUGCUUUGAGCCAGAAAAAAAAUCAAGAAAAACCAAAACGAUUGGUAGUGCGUUUAAAGUUGACAUCUUCACCUCUGAUAAUGGUUGCUUUCACCAAUACAACAGAGGGAAAUAAAAGGCACAACUAAAGGAAACAAGGAGCGCGCACACACAUAAAGGACUAAUCUAAGCCUGGUGGUUCAUUGAGCGGGAAUCAUUGAAUGGACUUGACUUGGAGAGAGAGAGAGAGGGAGAGCAAGUGGGAUGCCAGAAUAACAGCAGGUGCUAGAACCAGAUGCAUUAGUAACUCAACACCCCAUUGUGAGCCAGGUGAAUCAAUUAACAAAACCACUAGUUUAUGUAGAUCUGAUAUUAGAGUUUUGUGGGACAUUUCCUUUGCGCUCACCAGGGGGAAAAAUCAUAAGUUUCCAAUAUAGAAAAGAGAAUUUCACAGCAUCAGGAAAUACAGGAAUUUUAUGAGGACUUGCUGAGGGAAACUGUACUUGAGAAGAGAAGAGGAAGACUGAAAAAAUACAACUUGAUAUUGAAAAGUUCAAAGCACUAUAUUCACUAUGGAAUCUAUUCAAUAUAACUCAGGCAUACCAUGCACAGGGAAUGCCUCCAUCACUAGAGUAAACUGCAGUAACAUUUCCAUUACUACACCUUCUCCAACCCAGGGAUCAACAAGCCAACUUGAGUGGCAAGUUUUAUGCGAUUACAUAGUAUUCUACGCAAAUCCCAUUUUAAUUGGAUUUGGAUUAUUCUUUGCAAUUUUUAACACCAUAGUUGUUAUGAGCCAUGCUAGAAUUUCCAAUGACAGCUAUAUGAUGGGACUGACAAUAUCAACAGCCAUUAUGUAUAUCUGUAAUGGCAUGUUGCAUUUCCCUGAUUAUGUGGGCUACAGCGAGGCUUUUCAGCAUGUAUUUGUGUACAUUCUGGGUGGCGGUGAAUGGUUUGCCUACACUGCACUGUGGCUCAUCGUCAUGGCUGCUUUGGAAAGGUGCGUUAACAUGAUGCGCCACCAGGGGGACACUCUGUGCACCUCUCUCCAAGCCUGUAUCACCACCAUCAUGAUCUACAUGGUGUGCUUCGUCAGCACCCUGCCACGGUACUGGGAGUAUGAAGUCGGACCCACAGUUGACCCCGCCACUAAUAACACCUUUCGUAAAGUCAUGAAAAGUGCAGCAGCAUCAGGUCCAGAAUACAGUGUAUACUACUUUUGGUACAUUCUCAGCUUCAAACUUUUGUUACCCUUCCCCCUCAUGCUCAUCAUGACCAUUAUUCUCUGCCAACGUAUCGGGCAUUACAGGAAAAGGAAAAUCCCUUCCUACAGACGUGACAGCACCUUAAUUCUACUCAAUCGCAAACUCAAGGAAGAGAUCGACAUCUCCAGAUUAGCCCUAGGGCUGCUGGUGACCUAUCUGUUGCUAGCAGGACCGUAUGUAAUUAUCACCGCCAUCCCUGAGGUUUUCCCAGAGGCGCUGGACAAGACAUCAACCUUGUAUAGUAUUUUGUUUAAUUUUUCACAAUGUUCUUAUUAUCUGAACUUCAGUCUCCAAGUGAUCUUAUUCUCCUGUUACAGUAAGUCCUACAGGAUUGCUGUGGCCAGACUAUGUUGUGACAGAUGCAGGAAUCCAGACUAUGAGGAUUAUUAAUCUUUAGCCUUAUGCUUGAAUUCCUAAUCCAAACAACUUGGGAAAUCGGAAAACCAUGAGGACAAAAGAAUGGCUCUCAAUGGAUAAAAAAAUCUCACUUUCUCUGAAGAAUAAAAAAUAUCUGGUGUAAGACUGAAAUCUACAGCAGCUGUUGGUGUGGUGCAACGUCAUUGUUAAAUUAUUUUUUCAUUGUGGUUUAGUCAAGUAAUUUGAAACAGAAAAGAAAAUAUAAAAUAUAAGACAACAAAGUGAAUGUUUGAAACAAAAAAUAAUUGUCACAACAUGAUUUUUCAAUGGCUAUUGAAGUUUGAUUGUGAUGGGUGAAAAAUAAAUGCCUUAAACUAAA